CGUCCCGCCACAACAUCAGCUCGACCGGGAGGAACAGCAGGAGCGAUCCCGGUGGAACCGGUUCACCGUGGCGGCGGUCCGGCACGGCUCUCUAGUACCUGCAGCCUCUAUCAAAUGCAAAUAUGUCUGGGUCUGGAAGAAUGCAAGUUUGUCAUGCUUGUCUGGCAUGUUUCGAGAAUCUGUGUUGCAUAGGCGCGAAAAGGCCCUCUUGCCUGUCAUGCAAGAACGCAGUUUGCCAUGCGGAAUACGUAAGACAUGGCAGCCAAAAAAUUUGUCAUGCGUAGCUGCGUAUUGUAGCGGUGCGUCUACCAUUCACUUUUAGCAUUACAAGUUUCCAGACCCAGACAUUUUUGCAUUUGAUAGCCUCCCCCUCCGGGCAAAACCAGAUUCACGACCACAGCAUCGACUUUCUGCGGAAUAUGCAUUGCAAAUAUGUCUGGGUCUGGACGAAUUGGAACUUGUGAUGCUGCAUUUGGAUUCCAAAAAAAUCUGUAUUGCAUGAGCAGCAACGGGCAUGUAAUUUUUGCUAGGCGGAGAAGGCGUUUCUCAUGCGAAAGGGGCAUCAAGAAGCUCUGAAAAAAUCUGUCAUGCUAGGACAUGCAUCACAGACAUCAUGGCUCAUGCAAAACGUGCAUGACAAGUCUCAGAACUUUCCAGAACCAGACACAUUUGCAAUUGAUACGGAACGGCAACGUGCAGGUGAUCGACGGCGAGGAGUAUCACCCGAGCCCCAGUCCCAGCGGGGGCGGGGAGUUGGUGUUGGUCCGCGACAUUCAUCUGCAGACGCGGAAUAGCGAAUUGCUGCAGCGGGAUGUUUUGCAGAGGUUAGGGCUACCGUCGGCUGGGAUGGUGGAACAUCAAGCUGGUGGUCCUCAUGGGACGCGCAGUAGUACUACUAACGGUCAGCACGACCCCGUCAGCAGGUAUCAUCAGCAACACCAUCCCGGUCAACAUCAUUUUCACCCCUCCGAAUCAAUUCUUAACAACCCGAGGCUGUUAAUGCUGCCCGGCCCGGCUGGAAGCACUAACCAAGACCACUACAACAGCGGGCACCAUCAGCAUGGUUCAUCAAAUCACGACUCACACGACGACAUCAACUACCGCUACUUCCGUGGCGGGCAUCCACCGGCGCAUUUGUCCGCGAGCGUGUGGCAAAAGCUGAAAUCUUUACUCGACCGGGACCGGUAUAGGACGAGCUUUCGAGACGGCGAUGCGGACCAGCUGCCACCUUUUUUCGGCGAUUACUUUGACGACUUGGAGUACUUCGACUACACUCAUGGCAGCAUUACAGAUUCUUCCGGUACAGCUAAUUCCAUCCUCGAGGGGGAGGAAGAUUUGUUACAACAACAUAACGCUGGACCACAGCAGCACAAAUUCUCCUCUUCCAGAGCGGCCAUGCGCCACUUGUACGCGCAGCGGUCUAGAUUAAUCGCGGAGUACCUGCAAGGGGCGAAUUACAAUCCGUUCAUUGACCAGGAGAAGCUGCCGGUGCAGUCCAAAAUUAUCGAUAAGGACGAGCUGGAAAGGAGUAGUCGAGAUAAAAAGGGGUUCCGCAAGUACGUACGGGACUCGAUUGUUGAUUCCAACUUCUGGAAGGCGAUUAUCGCUGCGAUCGUCGUGGGGAUGGUUUCCUCUGUUUUCGUUUUCGACAUGUACUUUGGCUACGAACUCCGCCGGCAAGUCCCGCUGAUCGCCGGUGCCAUGGCGCUCCGCUUGUAUCUGAACGCGUUGGAGAGGUCCGGGAUGGCGCCGUGGUUCAUGAUGCUCAGCGUCUACGCAAGCAUUCUCGCGAUCAUCCUGGCGCCGCAGGCCGGCGUUAUUUCGCCUUUUAGUAAUUAUGCCACAAUAGGAGCAUCAAGCGCUGGUCUUCUACCCGGAGCAGGUGGCUCAACAUCUUUGGAUUCAACAGGAAUAAUAAACUAUCCAACUUUCUCCGCUUUGCGGUUGUUUUUCACCGCCGUCGCCUUCGCGGUUCCCUGUUUGUACCUCGGACUGAAGGUUCCGGUGGAAGAUGUGGAAAAGUGGAAGGAACAGUGCGAAAAGGAAUCGGCAAGGCUGCAGCGAGCGUCGACCGCUUCGGGGUCGUCGUCGGUCGUGGGAGAAAAUGGUAAUAUAAUUGAUACGUCGCGGCUGACGACGCAAGACGGUGGAAAUAAAUCAACAGUGGACGGCGCCGAUGACAACACCACAGCUGCACCCGGGGCGACAACUACGAUAGGAGAAAAUGAAAAAACCACGAAAUUUCAUCCGGGUGGAGAAAAGACAGCAACGAAUGGCUCCCCAGAGCUCAGGACCACCACUAUUGCAGCCAGCACUUCGCUUUCGCAGCAACUCGAGGGGAAUUUCCUGCUCGGCUACCAGGGGCUGCGCCAGUGCCAGGUUCCGCCGGACUCGCAACUGGGGUUGUCGUUGAACAACACCUUGAUGUUUCGCCAGUACGAGGACGUUACUUAUUUGGGGGAAGGCGGUUUCGGGGUCGUUUACAAGGCGAAAAACAAGCUCGACCAGUCCUACGCAGCGUUUAAAGUGAAAAACUACCGACUCACCUCCACCGAGAACAUCGCGCAGAUAGAGCGCUCUUUCAACGAAGUGAAAACUUUCCUCGCGAUGAAGCACAAGCACCUAGUGGAUUUCCACAUGCACUGGUGCGAAGAGAGCCAGUUUUUACCCGAUAAAAGAACCGUGCAGAAGGGCGGGCAAGAGUGGCCGUUAGAUGAGGACAACGCGGGUGGAGGUUUGAGUUCGGAUGUAGGAGGAGCUGCCUUGGGUGGAACGAACAAUCCGGAAGACCAACCGGGGAUAUCAAAUGUAAAAAUGUCUGGGUCUGGAAGAAUGCGAGAUUUGUCAUGCGCGUUUUGCAUGAGCCAUGAUGUCUGUGAUGCAUACCCUAGCAAUACAGGUUUUUUGGCGGCUUCUCGAUGCCUAUUCCGCAUGACAAAUGCCUUCUCAGCGUAGCAAAAAUUGCAUUCCCUUUGGUACUCAUGCAAUACAGAUUUUUUUGGAAUCCAAAUGCAGCAUCACAAGUUGCAUUCUUCCAGACCCAGACAUUUUUACAUUUGAUAGGGGAGCGGGACGGACGACUUGGCUCUGUUCCCCAACGACCCGGCGGCCCAUGCGAGUAUAUCAAAAGGAAAAACCCCCCCUCCCCAUAUCAAAACGAAGUUUCUGAUGCUGGAUUUGGGUACACAAAUCAGCUUUGUAUUGCAGAGAGGCAUUGCGGACAGAUCUCCAGGCUAGAUAGGGGCGGGCGUGUCUAGUUGUUUAGCAUGGCAAACGGCUCCCCUUUAGGCCCAACAGCAUCACAAACCGCUUCCAGAAUGGGGCUAAAGCUCCUGCCCUUGUCUUCUUGCAAGACAAAAAGGAUUUGUGACCUCAAAUCAGCAACACAAAUUUUCGAAGUCGUGCCUUUUCAAUGUGGGGAGGGGGGAUUUUUCCUUUCAAUAGAGUACUAAAAAUUACCAGCAGCACAGCUUGAUGAAUCGCACACUGAAUACGUCCGAAGGUGGCGUUUUUUCGAUGGAACGAUCAGCGAACUGGACCCGGAAGCAUUCGCCGCCGUUUAAACCAGCAGUGGGGAAAAAUUUAGAGAAGAAAACGUCCGGGUUGCAGCUCGUUGCUAGUACUUCCGGAGACGGUCAUGAUCAUGCGGAUGCGGAACAAGCCAAGUUACAAUUACAACCCGGGUUUGGUGGUACUACUGCGGGAAUAAUAGCAUCAUCUCUGGAGAAAACAGGUUCUGGAAAGAAGCCACUGCAAGGAGGUGCCAACAAGGACGGUAAUGUUGAUGUAGUUGAGAAUGUAGAUCUUUAUCCAGAGAACCUCAACGGCAUGGCCAGCCACAGCUCGUCUGCCUCCAGCACCUGGCAAACCCACAACAGCGACUCCGCCGGCAUGGUGUCCGCCACGGCAAGUUUUAAUAACAGCGACAUAGCACAUACCUCUAGAAAGGAGCAAAAUAACGACAAUUUAUCGUCCAAGAAUCUUCAGAACAAAUCGCCGACCACACAGGGCGACAGUUCCUCCGGGGGUACUUUUGAACGCGUGAACCAGAUCUUGGAGAUGAAAACUACGAACAAGCAAGAAAAGGAUCAUAAUAUCGAGGGCCAACAACAAGAAGCGUUCUUGACAAAAAAGUUCAAAGAGCAGUUUGACAAGACCUCCCAGGACGACACGAAUUCUAUCCAGUUCAUAAAAUCCUCGGUAAACGAAUCCGUCAUCGAGUCCGCCGCGGUCCGGUUUGCCGAGGUUGAAAACGAAAACAUUAACACCAGCAACAGCCUCUACAAGCCGAUUGACAUCCAGGCCGAUUUGAUGAACGCCGCGGCGGCGUUGCGAGGAACAUCUUCAAGGGGAAAAAAACUACACCAUGACAAGACAUCAAACGGCAGCAGCAACUCGGAAAACUCCGAUUCGACUUCGUUGGACGACUUUGUCCGGGCGAAGUCAGCCUACAUGGACACGCAAGAGAUGCUGAAGAACAAGUUGAUCACCAAAGAGCAGAUCGCGCCGUUGUUCGACGUGUGCCUCGUGAUGCACAUGGAACUCGUGGAGGGGCCAAAUUUGAAAGCGUUUUUGCAGGAUAGCCGACGAAGUCUCGACUGGGGGGUGUUCACCUCGAUGUACGACUUUUGGCUCCCAACUGCCGUCGCCGCGCUACAACGAAAUCAGAGUUCCAGCCGGAAAACCAGCCGGAUUCUCCAGGUCGACAUGGAGGCGGUGGAAAUCCAGGCCAGGCAACGGUCGAUUAGCAGUCUGAAACUGACCUCUGCGCGCCUGUCCGCCGCAAACGCGGCGUUGGAAAAUAAUGGCAGUAGUCCGAUGGAACGGGGUAGUUCUCCGGGAAUAUUAAAUGAGGUUGAAAAGGACAAGAGCGACGGAGGACUAUAUGCAGCUCCUGCAAUUAUGGGGAAGGAAGAUGAAGACCAAAAUGAAAGCGGAAUUAUGACUCCACAGAUGAACAACACUAAGGGUGAGGUGAUCGACCUUCUUUCCCUGAGCCGAAAAUCCUCCGCGCAGGAGAAUUUGCACAACAAAUCGUCUUCCUCCGCUUCGUCUGACUUUGAGCAGCAGCUCGGGGGGACGAACACACCGCAGAAAUUGUCGCACGUGUCUUCCCCGACUUCACAUGAUCGGGACGCUGUUGAUUCACCGCCACUGGCUCUCGGAGAAGUGGGACUACAACUAGGGCACCUGCAACAUGAAGACCGGCAUCAGACCACUCCUGAUGAAAAUAAUAUUAAACAUGAGCAGCAAGGGGACGAGAAAAACGCCAGCAACCUCAUAAACAACAGUUCCGAGGAAGAAGUCUUGAACAGUGAUUCCAAAGCGACGACCCUGAACAAUAAUAUGAACAAGACCACGUCUGAUCAGCAGCAUCAAGACCAGAAAACGUCGACCACGACCACGCAUUCCACCCAACCAAAUUCCACCCAAAAUAACCAGUACUUUUGCUACGAGAAGGUGCAACCCAAUCCCGGGGUGCUCGACGAGUCCCCCUGGUGGAAUGCGGGGGUCGAGUUCGAGUGGAUGCGGCAACUGACGAAGGGCAUGCGCGCCAUCCACAAGAAGGGGUUUGUGCACCGGGAUUUAAAGCCGCAGAACUGCUUUCUGGAUUUGAGACAGGGGUUGCUGAAGAUUGGGGAUUUUGGCCUGUCUUCCGUGUCUACGACCGCGAAUUCACUCUCCAUCUACAAUGCGGAGAAUGGACUGGUGGAGCAGAAUGUGAAGAACCCGGUGCAGCCCACUAUCAAAUGCAAAAAUGUCUCCGUCUGGAAGACUGCAAACUUCUCAUGCAUAUUUUCCAUGCCCCAUGAGGGUUGAAAUGCAGGACCUAGCAUAACAGGUUCUGCGACGUCCCUAUCCUGCCUGUCCUGCAUGACAAACUGCCUCUAAACUUGUCCAACACUGGACAGCUUUCGGUAGUCAUGCAACACAAAUGUUUGUACGAUCCAGACUUAGCAUGACAAGUUCGCAUCCUCCCAGACCCAGACAUAUUUGCAAUCCAUACCCACCACGCGGGGCCCGCUGAGCCCGUACUGGGGCACGCCGAUGUACAUGCCGCCAGAAGGAAAUUCGUUGGACGAAUCAACCGACGUGUACGCAGUGGGGCUGAUUAUGCUGCAAUUGCUGUCGCCGAGAUUCACGACACAGGUAGAGAGCUGGAUUCAUUCAACACGACGUCAUGCAUUUUUUCCAUUUCUUUGUAGACAUCGUGCAGGCGUUUGGUUCUCCUGUCACCAGACAGGCUUCAUGCCCGCUUUUUAACACAACGCACUAGUACUGUUUUACAUUACACAAAAAAUCUUCAAUAAAAAACCACCAACAAAUAUUAAACCACAGAUGGAGCGGCAACUGUUGAUCGAGGCUUUCAAGGGCCCAACCGCAGAAGUGAUUCCGGGCCUGGAGGAAAAGGUCUCCCCCGAGUGCUACAAGGAGUGGUUUGAGCUGCCGCGGGAACUGAUCGCCCGCUGCGCCAAGCAUGACCCGGAGGCGAGAAUCGGCAGCGAGGAAUUGCACCUACACAUGAAGCAGAUGCGCAACGCACGCUUCCACAAGGAUCUAAUGGUCAGUGGCGCGAAGGGCGGGGAUUAG